AUGCCCUCACGCAGUUUGACAUCGUCACGCGUUUUGGCGCGCCGCAUUGUCUCAUCCAGUCACAGCUGCCAAAACCUCAGGUGCGCAGCCUUGAGUCGCGAGGCAGCCAGGAAACCGCUACAUAGCAGCCAGCACUUUCGACGGACAGAUUCUGAGAAGAAACAUCCGACGGGAAAUAAAUCAAGACAAGCCACUGGCUCCAAGGAGGCAGUGAGGCAUUGGUCCGGCGGAACCCGCGAGGCGAAGGGUAGGACAUAUUCAGAUGCCCUAGAGCGACUCGACAGCCUCACCCAGAAUCGUGACAUCACCAAAGCCUUCGAUGGCAAGGAUUCCAAGGCCGCCAAUGAGGCGGCUAUCCCCGAAAUGGUCACCUGGCUUCAGCGCGCAGGCUAUACUACAGACCAACUAUCUCAGAUGCAGCAUAUCCACGUUGCUGGCACGAAAGGGAAGGGGACCGUGUGUGCAUACGCGACCAGACUUCUGAUCAACAGCGCGCAGGGCAAGCGUGUAGGAACCUAUACAAGCCCACACCUUGUGACUGUCAGAGAGCGGAUCGCCCUGGGCGGGAGCCCAGUGUCGAAACAAUUGUUCACAGAAGCAUUCUUCGAACUAUGGGACCGCCUUGGGGAAGCUGCUCAGAGAGAAGGCCUCUCGGAGCGAUCGGCCAGGCCUUUUUUCUUCCGCUUCAUGACGCUGCUGGCGUGGCACAUUUUCAUCAAGGAGAAGGUCGAUGUUGUCGUCAUGGAAUGCGGUAUCGGCGGCGAAUACGACGCCACGAAUAUCUUGCCGCCCGCGGCGGUGGCCACGGCGCUCAUCACACAUCUGGAGCUUGAUCACACAGCUAUGCUGGGGAACACAGUGGAGAGCAUUGCAUGGCACAAAUCAGGUAUCUUCAAGCAGGGCAGGCCAGCCAUUGCCUAUGCUGGUGACAUGGCCGAGUCCGUCAAGAAUGUGCUGGUGCAAAGGGCUAAAGAUAAAGGUGCAAAUCUGUAUCUGGUUCCCAAGGAGGUCUUGGAUAGGGUAUGCGAGCAGUCGCCAGACGACGUGAUAGCUGUGAAGAACCACAUGCUGGCGGACAUGGCUGUCAUUGCUCAGUAUCAGGGGCUGUCGACAAAGAGUAUCAGCGAAUACUCCAAUCAAGGCAGCGAAGACUUGCCGCAAGUUUUGGAAAAGAUGCAUGUCCUCGGCCGAGGCGAGGUUCUCCAAGUGGACGGGAAGACGUGGUACCUGGAUGGCGCGCACACACAGGAUAGCAUCGCGAAUGUGGCAAGUUGGUUAGCCGCAAACGUCUUCGGAAACGACAAGCUGAUUGUCGUUUUCAAUCAACAAGAACGGGAUGCCGUAAAGCUCCUGAAGCACCUCGUCCAGUCAGUGGAAAGCUAUACUGAUGAACCUUCAUGGUGGACUUCCAAGUCUCCAUGCUUCAUCUUUUCCCGAAACGAACUCCUGGUGCAGACCAGUGAUGAGCUAGAGCAGGGGACUAGAGACCUAGCUGUUCAAGAGGAACUGUCACGUUGGGUGCGGAGCCCUGCUGGGGUAAAUCUCAUAUCGGCAAAGCCACAAGUCACGGUAUUUGAUAACGUCAACGACGCAGUCGCGCAAGCCAAGGAGAUAGCGGCUGGACACUCGGAGGCAAAGGUCGUUGUCACAGGCAGCAUGUAUCUCGUCGGCGCCGUUCUCAAGACGCUGCAAAGAGGGGCAGGGGAUGAGACGGAGUGA